AUUUACCUUUAUGGAGAACCACGCCAAGCUGGUGCAGCACAGAUGGCAGCCUGUUCCUGUUUUGGGGACCUUCUCAUAGACUCAGAUGAGACUGUGAUGGCCACCCCGAGGGGCCAGUGCUGAUACGUUUCCUAGCCCCAGUCAUUGUUCAUCCUGACAUCAUUUCCAAUCUCAAUAUCUAAAUGCCACAGUGCUCUUGGGGCAAGUUGGGCUGGGAACCACUGUUGCCUUGUAAGGAGUAAUCUCAGUACAUGAUGUUAGUUCUCACCUGCUGCCAUGUAAGAGUCCAAGUACCUGCCAGGUGCAUAUAGACCAUAAAACCAUGGGAAACGCAGAAAGUCAAAAUGUAGUGCAUGAGUUUUAUGGAGAAAAGCACGCGAGCCUGGGGCGCAAACACACGUCGCGUUCCCUGCGCCUGUCGCACAAGGCGCGGCGGACCAGGCACGCCUCCUCGGGGAAGGUGAUCCACAGGACCUCCGAAGUGACCACCCGAUCCAGCAGCACUCCCAGUAUCCCCCAGUCCCUGGCUGAAAAUGGCUUGGAGCCCUUCUCCCAAGAAGGCACCCUGGAGGACUUCGGGAGCCCCAUUUGGGUGGACCGAGUGGAUAUGGGCUUGAGACCCGUGUCUUACACAGAUUCUUCCGUCAGUCCCAGUGUAGGCAGCAGCAUCGUCCUUGCAGCAGCCUCUGUGCAGAGCAUGCCAGACUCGGAGGAGAGCAGGCUUUACGGGGAUGACGCUACGUACUUGGCGGAGGGAGGCAGGAGGCAGCAUCCCUCUACAUCCGAUGGGCCCACUUUCACGGAGACGGCGAGCUUUAAGAAGAAACGCUCCAAAUCUGCAGACAUCUGGCGGGAGGACAGCCUGGAAUUCUCACUCUCUGAUCUGAGCCAAGAACAUUUAACAAGCAACGAAGAGAUCUUGGGUUCUGCCGAAGAGAAAGAUUGCGAGGAGACUCGGGGGAUGGAAGCCGCGGCGAGUCCGCGGCAGCUCACUGCCUGUCAACGUGCCAAUUCGCUGGGGGACUUGUAUGCUCCUCAGAAAACCUCCGGGGCGACGGCGGACGGGGGGCGGAGGGGCAAAUUUGCAGGCUACUGUCGGAAUUUGGUGUCUGAUAUUCCUGAUCUUGCGAACCAUAAGAUGCCACCGGCUGCUGCCGAAGAGGCUCUUCCGUACAGUAAUUAUAACACACUUCCCUGUAGGAGAUCUCACUGUCUUUCUGAAGGUGCCACCAACCCGCAAAUGAGCCAUAACAACAGCAUGCAAGGCAGAAGAGCAAAAACCACUCAGGAUGUUAACGCGGGCGAGGGUAGCGAGUUUGCCGACAGUGGGAUCGAAGGGGCCACCACCGACACGGACCUCCUGUCCAGGCGAUCCAAUGCCACCAACUCCAGCUACUCUCCCCCCACCGGCCGCGCCUUUGUAGGCAGCGACAGCGGCAGCAGCUCCACCGGGGAUGCAGCCCGCCAGGGGGUGUACGAGAACUUCCGACGGGAGCUGGAGAUGAGCACCACCAACAGCGAGAGCCUGGAGGAGGCGGGCUCGGCGCACAGCGACGAGCAGAGCAGCGGUACCCUGAGCUCCCCGGGCCAGUCCGACAUCCUGCUCACGGCCGCGCAGGGCACAGUGCGUAAGGCCGGGGCCCUGGCAGUCAAGAACUUCCUGGUGCACAAGAAGAACAAGAAGGUGGAGUCGGCCACCCGGAGGAAGUGGAAGCACUACUGGGUGUCCUUGAAAGGGUGCACUCUCUUUUUCUACGAGAGCGAUGGUAGGUCUGGAAUAGACCACAACAGCAUCCCCAAGCAUGCCGUCUGGGUGGAGAACAGCAUCGUGCAGGCCGUGCCUGAGCACCCCAAGAAGGACUUCGUCUUCUGCCUCAGCAAUUCCCUGGGUGAUGCCUUCCUUUUUCAGACCACCAGCCAGACGGAGCUGGAGAACUGGAUCACUGCCAUCCAUUCUGCCUGUGCAGCCGCUGUCGCAAGGCACCAUCACAAAGAAGACACACUCCAACUGCUGAAGUCGGAAAUAAAAAAGCUGGAACAGAAGAUUGAUAUGGAUGAAAAGAUGAAGAAAAUGGGCGAAAUGCAGCUGUCUUCAGUCACUGAUUCAAAGAAGAAGAAAACUAUAUUAGAUCAGAUCUUUGUUUGGGAGCAGAAUCUUGAACAGUUCCAAAUGGACCUGUUUCGCUACCGCUGUUAUUUAGCCAGCCUCCAAGGUGGGGAGCUGCCCAACCCUAAAAGGCUACUUGCCUUUGCAAGCCGUCCAACGAAAGUGGCAAUGGGCCGCCUUGGAAUCUUUUCUGUAUCAUCUUUUCAUGCGCUGGUGGCCGCUCGCACUGGUGAAACUGGAGUCAGAAGACGUACUCAGGCCAUGUCCAGAUCUGCCAGCAAGAGAAGGAGCAGGUUUUCUUCUCUUUGGGGUCUGGACACUACCUCCAAAAAGAAGCAGGGACGCCCAAGCAUCAAUCAGGUGUUCGGUGAGGGAACUGAGGCUGUAAAGAAAUCUUUAGAGGGAAUAUUUGAUGACACUGUUCCAGAUGGCAAGACGGAGAAAGAAAUGGUCUUACCCAGCGUCCACCAGCACAACCCUGACUGUGACAUUUGGGUCCACGAGUAUUUCACUCCGUCCUGGUUCUGUCUGCCAAAUAAUAAGCCAGUCCUGACAGUUGUCCGGCCAGGGGACACGGCCCGGGACGCCCUGGAGCUGAUCUGCAAGGCACAUAGACUGGAUCAUUCAGCUCACUACCUGCGCCUGAAAUUUCUAAUAGAAAACAAAAUGCAACACUACGUGCCAAAGCCCGAGGAGGACAUUUAUGAGCUGCUGUACAAAGAAAUUGAAAUUUGUCCAAAAGUCACUCAGAACAUCCAGAUUGAGAAGUCAGAUACAGCCGGUGAUAAUUAUGGCUUUUCACUUUCUUCUGUGGAAGAAGAUGGUGUUCGAAGGCUCUACGUGAAUAGUGUAAAGGAAACUGGCUUAGCUUCCAAGAAAGGCCUGAAAGCGGGAGAUGAGAUUCUUGAGAUCAAUAAUCGUGCUGCGGGCACCCUGAAUGCUUCUGUACUCAAAGAUUUCCUCGCGCAGCUGUCCCUGGGCCUCCUGGUGAGGACCUACCCCGAGCUGGAGGGAGGAGCAGAGCUGCUGGGGAGCCCGCCCCUCCGGCUGGACGGCCCCGCCGACCUCAGCGAGAACCCUCUCGCCUUUCUCACCAGCAACACAGGGCACAGCCUCUGCAGCCAGCAGGGCAGUAUUGCUGAGACUGCUCUGGAGGAGACCGAAGGGCCAGACUUGGAAUCCUCAGAUGAGACUGAUCACAGCAGCAAGAGCACGGAACAGGUGGCCGCAUUUUGCCGCAGUCUGCACGAGAUGAACUCCUCUGACCCGAGCCCGUCCCCCCAGGACUCUGCCGGGCCUCAGCUGGCCACCAUGAGACAGCUCACGGAUGCCGAUAAGCUGCGCAAGGUCAUCUGUGAGCUCCUGGAGACGGAGCGCACCUAUGUGAAAGACUUAAACUGUCUCAUGGAGAGAUACCUAAAACCUCUUCAAAAAGAAACUUUUCUCACCCAAGAUGAGCUUGAUGUGCUCUUUGGAAAUUUAACUGAAAUGGUAGAGUUUCAAGUAGAAUUCCUUAAAACUCUAGAAGAUGGAGUGAGAUUGGUACCUGAUCUGGAAAAGCUUGAGAAAGUUGAUCAAUUUAAGAAAGUGCUGUUCUCUCUGGGGGGAUCCUUUCUGUAUUAUGCUGAUCGCUUCAAGCUCUACAGUGCCUUCUGUGCCAGCCACACGAAGGUCCCCAAGGUCCUGGUGAAAGCCAAGAUGGAUGUGGCUUUCAAGGCGUUCCUGGAUGCCCAGAACCCGAAGCAGCAGCACUCGUCCACUCUGGAGUCUUACCUCAUCAAGCCCAUCCAGAGGAUCCUCAAGUACCCGCUUCUGCUGAAGGAGCUUUUUGCUCUGACGGACGCGGAAAGCGAGGAACACUACCACUUGGACUUGGCCAUCAAGACUAUGAAUAAGGUUGCAAGUCAUAUCAAUGAAAUGCAGAAAAUCCAUGAAGAAUUUGGGGCUGUGUUUGACCAGCUGAUUGCUGAACAGACUGGUGAGAAAAAAGAGGUUGCAGAUCUGAGCAUGGGGGACCUGCUUUUGCACACCACUGUGAUCUGGCCAAACCCGCCGGCCUCGCUGGGAAAGUGGAAAAAGGAGCCCGAAUUGGCAGCUUUUGUCUUCAAAACUGCUGUGGUCCUUGUGUAUAAAGAUGGUUCCAAACAGAAGAGGAAACUUGUAAGACUUCUUAUUUCACCCCAUAGUUUCAAAGUGAUCUCCCUCACUGUUUCUCAGUUGUAUCUGCGUAAUUGUAAUUCUGCACCUUUGUCAGGCGUAGGAUCUCACAGGCUUUCAAUUUACGAGGACUGGGACCCCUUCCGAUUUCGACACAUGAUUCCUACCGAAGCUUUGCAGGUUCGGGCUUUGGCAAGUGCAGAUGCAGAAGCAAAUGCUGUGUGUGAAAUUGUCCACGUAAAAUCGGAGUCUGAAGGGAGGCCAGAGAGGGUCUUCCACCUGUGCUGCAGCUCCCCAGAGAGCAGAAAGGAUUUCUUGAAGGCUGUGCAUUCCAUCCUGCGUGAUAAGCAUAGAAGACAGCUCCUGAAGACCGAAAGCCUUCCCUCAUCCCAGCAAUAUGUCCCUUUUGGAGGAAAGCGAUUGUGUGCGCUGAAAGGGGCCAGGCCAGCCAUGAGCAGGGCAGUGUCCGCCCCAAGCAAGUCUCUUGGGAGGAGGAGGCGGCGACUGGCCCGAAACAGGUUUACCAUUGAUUCUGAUGCCAUCUCCGCCAGCAGCCCGGAGAAAGAGUCCCAGCAGCCCCCCGGUGGCGGGGACACUGACCGCUGGGUAGAGGAACAGUUUGAUCUUGCUCAGUAUGAGGAGCAGGAUGACAUCAAGGAGACAGACAUCCUCAGUGACGAUGAUGAGUUCUGUGAGUCCGUGAAGGGCGCCGCGGCGGACAGAGACCUGCAGGAGCGGCUUCAGGCCGCCUCCAUCAGUCAGCGGGAGAGAGGCCAGAAGCCCCUGGAUAGUCACGCAUCCCGCAUGACGCAGCUCAAGAAGCAAGCCGCCCUGUCGGGCAUCAACGGAGGCCCGGAGAGCACGAGCGAGGAGGUUAUUUGGGUUAGGCGAGAAGACUUUGCCCCCUCCAGGAAGCUGAACACUGAGAUCUGACUGUCACGUUCCCCGGUAGAGACAGUCCUUGUAGAUACGUCUCCCGCCCCGCCCCCUACUCCACCCCCCUCCCGGACUCGCGAGGGGGAGAAUGUUCCCUUUAAGUCGCACUCUUGCACAGACGGUUUUGGCAGCUGACUUUGUUCUGAAGCCAUGUAGCCACCCAACUUUAUCGUUUCUAACAACAUCGGAAAGAAUUGUUCAAGAAGCCCAAAUCAGCUUGAGUCCUAUCUCUCUAUAUCACCAAGGGCUUUUAUUUAUUCUCAAUUAAUCAGGGCCUAAAGAAUUAAAAAAAAAAAAAAAUUCUAUAGCACUGGAAAGCAAAUUACCCCAGGAGUUGAAGUAUGUACUACAGAUUAGUUUAAAGGGUAGCACACGAAAAAAUAAUUAAAGAUUCUAUCUGAAAUCAAUCCAGGAGCCAUCUCCUAGUUGGGGAAACAAAGCAACUGUACAGCUUGCAGUGUUCUUACUCCUUUCCCUCGUAAAUGUCUGAGAAUAUCUGUGUAUUUUAAGAAUGUGUGAGGAGAAGGUGGAGAUUUAUGUUUCCUUGAGCCUUUUUUUUUUUUUUUCUUUUUUUCUUUUCCUCUUCUGUUUAGGUCUAUGGCUGGUCUUACUCGAUGUCGGUGUUCGGAAGUUCUAGUUUUGCAUAGAAUUAUAAAGAUGCCAAACUCCUUGGAAAGAGAUCCAAAUUUAUCACUUGAAAGAAAAAAAAACACUAUUUUUUGUAUUUUACCUGAGAUGCAGGGGGCACAAACAGAUGAGACUUUUACACAGUGUUAGUGUAACUCUGAGUUUAAAAAAUGAGGAUUUUACCUUUUACAGAGAGAGUGAGGUGUGGUGAUUUUAUAUUUAUAUAUGAAAGGCCAACAAGAUGCUUAGGAGAAACUUUUUUCCCAAGAAGCAGCUUUGGUUUUUUUGUUUCGUUUUGUUUUUUAAUUUAAAUGUUUGAAUCUCUAUUUGAGAUGGGAGCUUGGUUGGAUUAAACAUGACACCGGGAUGGGCAAUGUGUGUGUCUGUUGCACAUGGCGGGGGAGGGGAGACUCCUCCUCAUGGGGUUGCCAUGGUGAUCAUUGGUUUUCCCAUCAUAGUUGCAUCUUCAUCCAUAGAUUACCUACUUCUUCCCUGACAGUCCAUAACCAAACCGUUUAACAAAACCACCUCUUCAAAAACAUGUCUUGGGUUUAACACCUUCUUCAUGCCAACAAAACAGGGUAAACAUGCUAAAAAAGCUAAUGUUCUAAACAGAUUUCCAAAUAGGAAGAACAAAAACAAGUUAAAGCACUUUCAAUUUUUUCUUUUUUUAAAAAAAAGGUUGAUAGCUUUUUUUUUUCCCAUUUCACAAUGUCCACUUCCUAAGAAAGGUUUAAAUAAUAUGAAAACUUUCUUUUUGGGGAAAAUAUCUAUUUGAUGUUUGACACAUCAGUAGGUACUUUAAAGACCUGAAUUUUAUAGUAGCUUUAGGAAUUAUAUUUUAUAAAAAUCAGUUAUGACUUUAUAUUUCCAGACAAUAGAGAGUUCAGAACAUCAUGCUCUUGUGCCCCUGCUUGCUUUACCUGCUUUCCCACCCUGUAUCCCUCCCCUUUCGGGUUUCCAGGGCUUUGAGCUUGAUCUUUUGAGAGUUUUAUUCUAUUAAAUUUUUGCUAUAUCUUCUGAUUUUCUUAAAGAGCUUUAGAAUGAUUUCUGUACCCUUCGUAUCACUGCAUUGUUCCAUUUCAUCUCCAGUUCGAUUGUGUCUGGGUGGAAAACUGAAGCAGAGGCUUCUAAUAGUCCCAUUUACCAGUCCCAGUGCAACGGGUUUGUCUGAAAAUGCUGGAAAGUCUGGUGCUUGGAGAGGGUGCCAUUGUCUCUUGUACAUAAGGUCAUGAUGUGUCUAUGUCAAAAGUUCUUAUAUAUUUCUUUUAUAAGCUGAAAGAAGGUCUAUUUUUAUGUUUUUAGGUCUAUGAAUGGAACGUUGUAAAUGCCUGUCAAACAAUAAAAAAUAUUGA